GUCACGCUAUUCGUAUCGUCUCCAGAGCAAUCGUUGUAAGUGAUGCACUCCGCUGAAACCCUUGUUCCCUGGCCGCCGUGACCGCAAUUGGCGCACACACCACAUCAUCUCACACGCCGUUUCAACCACAUCGAGCUGCCACUCGUCCUCUCCACACAACGCAUUCACCACUCCAGAGGCACUGCUGACGACAGUUCGCCCCCACCGCAGACAUGAGUUCCGGCGUGCGCAACCUUCGCGCUAUGUUCGAGCAGAACGCAGCUUCUUCUCCUGAACCCCGCGGCCGUUCCCCAGGAAGUUCUUCAGCAGUCGACGACACCAGCCGCCCGACCUCCAAAGUGCGCGCUUCAUUCGUUUCUGUCGAGCACACACUCCCUCAGCCAACCGAUUUCGGUGCUAUCAAGGGCACACCGUCCAACAGCACAGCUGCACACCGCCGCGAGAGCUUCAGCAUCAGCGAAGACACCACUGGAGAAGUUGCAGAGCUCAAGAAAGUUAUAAGUGAAGAGAGAGAGGAGCGCCGGAAGAGCGCAGCCAUCAUUGAGCCAAUUCCAGAGCAGGCAGUAGCUUCACGGGAAUCUUCAGUAGGCCCACCGCCUAUCAAAAACGAGCCCGAAGGAGAUAUGGUGAACCUCGGGACCAUUAUGAAGGGCUCUGACUUCCCUGAGCCUUCAGCGGAUGCGGCAGCUGGCGCGCCACAGCCAAAGGAAGCGCCAGCCCCUGAGCUGCCCGCAGUCACGGAAGAGCCCGCAAAGGAGGAGUCUGCCCUAGCACCAGUGCAGGAGACUCCGGCCGAGAACCCAGACAAGGCUACAACAGGAGCACAAGAAGAGGUGUCUCUGAAGCCAGCGGGUCCAACCGAUGCUUCUGCUGUCUCUGGCAGCAAGACCCUUCCUCCACCGGCCGAAGAAUUGAAGCCUGCAACCACUGAGCCCGCCGCACCCACCCCAGCUGCUCCAGCUGCCCCCGCCGAGCCCACUGUAGAGACACCGAAGCCAGCUUCAAGUAGCACCAAACCCAAUGGAACACCGGCGACAAAGGGCAAGCUCGAGUUCAAGAAGCCUGCGACUAUUUCCAUCACCAAAGCCUCUGCAUCCAAGGGUACACCCGUCAAGAGCCCGCUGCCCAAGGCCGCACCGAAGACACCCACUAACCCAAAGCACUUAGCUGCUACGCCUGCGCCGAAGGCAGCUACACCUGUCUCGAAGCCUACUGCAGCUGCUAAGCCUGCAGUGAAGCCAGUCUCAAAAGAAGCAGCCAAAGCAGCUGCGCCAAAGCCAAAGACCAGCCACACAUCUCUGCGACAAUCGACCGCCACAGCACCUACUGCUGCAGCAAAAGGAAAGACAGUCGUUACUGAGAAUAAGAAGCCAGCAACAACCAAGCCAAAGGAUCCCAUCACCACUUCUCCCCCUGCCCUCAAGAAGCCAAAGCCGAGAUCGCCCACCCGUCCCGUCGCGCUGAACUCGCGCCUCACCGCUCCUACCGCAGCAUCCGCCGCGAAGUUGCAUGGGGAGGAAGCAAAGGUCACCCGCAAGCCUUCUACCGCAACCCGCCCUGUGACGAAGCCUGCAGCCACCAAGCCUUCUCGUCCUUCGGUCGCACCCAGUGCGAGCACGAACAAGCGACCAGAGUCGCGCACUUCUACAGUUGGGGCCAAGCCCGGCUUCCUUGAGCGUAUGUCGCGGCCGACGGCAGCUAGCGCCAGCAAAGUGCAUGAGAAGCCCACUUCGCCACCCAGAAAAGCUCCUGCGAAGUCGAGCAUUCUUCAGAAGAGUAAGAAGAAGGUGGAAGAGGUUGCGACUAAGGCGAAGGAGGCGGUGACGUCGAAUGGUCAUACAGAUGAGGCCGCGAAGACUGAGCCAAUCAACGGCACCAGCGCCCACACCGAAGCCUCUGAGGAGCCUGCUGUUGAGCCGGUCACAGAGUCUGUCCCUGAGCCUGUUGCCGAGAAGGCGGAUCAAUUUGAGCCUGUAAAGGCAGAGACACCUGUCCCAGAAGGCGAGUCAUCCGCUCUGGAGCUGCAGACGCCCAACUUCCGGGGUGAAGCCGUCCGUUAGUCACCUUGUGUGCCACCUCUUGGGAAAGAGGCUGUCUGGCUGCAAGCUAGUAUUCUUGCCCGUCUGAUAUGGUUCUUGCUCCUCUAUUUCUUUCUAUACCAGCAUUUUCAGGAGCGUUCAUUCGGCAGAACUUCAUAUCCAUUGGCGGUGUUUUUGAUUCAGAGGUUCAGGUUUGUUGCAUUACUUCGCUACGUCCGUCGAGUCUGGAUAGUGCAAUUCGUUCUGAGAGCUUGGGCUGAAGGCUGGAAUGUGCUAAAGGCGCUAUGGCACGAUGACAAAUUGUACGAUAAAAUACUCGGGCCUACCACCAGACGUGUCUGGCCUCCUUUGUAGCAUAGCAAUCAAUGUAUCCUCA